AAGCAUUUCUCGUAACUUUAGACCUUUUUCUUCACGAAAUUUCAUUCGCAUUUAUUACAACAAUCAAAAUAAACAAAAGAAAAAAGGAAUUCUUUUGUUUUUUGUUUUGUUUGUUUUCUCAAAGAGAAAAAAAAAAGCAAGAAAUCUGAAAAGUCAUUUUCAAAUUCGAUUUUUGAAAGAUUUUUAGACUUGCUUUGGUUUGUUUUGUGUUGUCAAUAUACACGUACACAAUUAUAAAUAUCACAUUUCCUUUCGUUGCUUUUCCUAUUCUCUAUUUUCUACGCAUAACUUGUAAAUAAAGGAUUAAAGCGAUUUUAUUAGAUAUUUGAUCUGAUUUCCCUUUUUUGUUUUGGUGGAUUUCCUAUAGAAAGACAUUGCUCUUUUCUUCCUUUUGAUUUUGAUAUUUUUUUUACCUUCUUUUUUUUUUUUAUUGUUGCCUCUUUAUUGCGCUGACAAACGUUUGGACCGAUUGUUCAUCGUUGUUGAUUUGAUUGAAUUGUAAUUCCAUCGGCUUUGUUUUGAUCGUUUGAUUUAUCUUUGGGUGGUUUGAUUUUCAGUUUCAUUCUUUUGUUUUGUUUUGUUUUGUUUUACUUUUCUUUUUCCUUUAAAUUCACUUCAACACUGUCGUUUUUGUCUUUCUAUUGUGUUCGGUGUUGUCGUUGUUGUUUUCUUAAACCUUCCUAUUCCCUUCUCUUUCGAAUAGAAUAACUAGGAGUCGUUGAUCUUUUCCUGUUUUUUGUUUUUCUUUUACAUUCUUCUUUAUUCCUUUUUCUUUUUGCUUUGCUCUUAAAAGCUUCGAAAAAGGUUCCCUUCUAUUUUUUCGAUUCUCUUGUUUAGCUAUUCCAUCUUCUCAGGCUACUGGACGAGUUUGUUUUACGAAUACAAUUUACAUACUUCUUGUCUUGCCUUCUAUCCUGUUUGCAAUCGUUCGUUCUCUAUUGCCAUUUCGUCGUUUUCCUUGGAUAGAUUGCUUUGCUCCUCUUUUGAUAUAGCUUAUUUAUUUUGUUUGUUGUCCUUUUUCUUUUCUUAUUCUAUUCCUAUUCUUCUACCCUUUCUCUCUUCUCACUUAUUCUUGUUUUCCUUUUUUUUUGGUGAUUCUUUGACCCUGUUUUGGUUUUCUGGAUUUCUUGUCUCUUGAAUCCUUUCUCAGUGUUUUUGUUUUAUUUUCUUCCUUUUUACUCUGUUCAGUUUCCAUUUCCUUUUUUGUUGUAUUUUUAUCUCUGUUCUUCUUUGUUUCGUUUGGUUUGUAACAACAACUACCCUUCUCUUUCGUUGUUUGUCAAUAUGGUGUAUACAAAGGCUUGGUUUUUACAAAAUAUUGCUCGACAAACCUUGGGCAAAAAUGUUGCUGUUCAUCGUCCUCCAUUAAAAUUAUCUAAUAUGACAAAUUGGAUCCAACAGCAGCAAGCUCAAGCAAAUCUUUCUACCUCUUCCUCUUCUAAACAAAACCUUCCUGAAUACUAUUACGUUUCCGAGGAAGAUAUGUUGUCCUUUGAACGUGGAUUCCCAAUUAGCAUCCGUGAUCCUCCUCUCUCUGAUCCAAAACAGACUAUAUCUUCUCAAAACCAUUCUAAAUAUUUUGAUGCCAAUGGUAUUUCUCACCUUUCUCUUCUUCCCACUUCGCUUCCUAAUGCAUCUGAACCUCUAACGCCUGAGGAAUUAUUCAAUACCCCUAAUGAACUUUCUUCAUCUACCUCCCCUCUUUCUCUAGAGACGCCGUCUGCCCUGACUAGUCCUUCUUUAGAUCAAUCCUGCCCUCCUUCUUUAGAGUCUUCCUUUGUUUCUCUACCUCCCAGCUCCUUUUCGUCUUCAGAAAAUUUCGUUUCUUUCUUGCAGCGUCUCGCUCACAGUGAUCUCUCUAUACACACCUUUGAACUUUACAAGAUUGCUUGUGAUUCACCUGGGGUUCUCAACCUACAUGCAUACAAUACUAUCCUUGAAUGCAUGGCUAAUAAUGAUUAUUAUAUUACUUCCUCGAAGAAUAUGCAAAAAGUUGUUCGAGUUUAUGUAGACAUGCUGAAUUGCUUUUUUGUUCCUGACGCUAAAACUUUCGAAACGGUUAUCACUGCUUUGUGUCGACGUGCAAAAGUCAUCGAAGAUCGAACCAAGUUUCUCGUUAGUCGUACCUCUUUGGCCCAACCUCAUAUCGUUAAAGAUUUACAAACUGAGCUGUCGGACUUACGCUCUGAGAUGCCCUUACAGACUGCUGUUUUCAUGUACACUUCGAGCUUGAUAAACCACGGCAUCUCUUACUCCAGUUCUUUCUAUGCCUAUUUCAUUGACUCCAUUGCUCGUUACGGAACUUCUAGCCAGUUGAAAUCUUUACUCGAAAACAUUCCUUUCGAGUCCAUUCAAGCUGACAGCCAUCCAAAAUUACUUCCAGCUCUCAUCCGUGCAUUCGGAAAAGCAAAGAGGCUAGAAGUUUGCUUCCAGCUUUUACAGACUUACAAGUUGUCUGAUCCCACUAGUAAUUCGGAUAAUACGAAUGUCGAUUCCUGGGAAGCCCUUAUGGAGUCGUAUUUCGAGACAAAUCACUCAGGCCAAGCAAUUCAACUCAUGGAGUCUUUCUUUAAAUAUACGGCUCAUGAACAAACAAUCCCUUGCACUGUUGUCAAUUGUUUUCUUAACAGACUAUCGCAAUUAGGUGAUUAUAAAGAGGCUGCCUACUGGCUUGAUUUAGCCUUGGUUAAAAUCGAUACCUAUCAGAAGGAUUCUUCCAUCCUUUCUUCCAUCUUGGAAGCGGCUUGUAAAGCAAAGGAUGUAGAGUUUUCAAUAGCUUUUGUUCGAAAAUUUACGCUUGCUGCAUUUAUGGAAGAACACAAGGUACUUCUGCAAUAUCUGCAAUUAUUGGUUUCCACCAAUAAUAUUGAAAUUUUGAGAUUACAUGUCUACCCUGUAAUCAAUUCGGUUUCGUUAUAUACAAAUUUCAACUUUUCUACUAUUUACAAAGCAUUUAUUGAUAAUGGACAUGUUAGUCUUGCUUUACGCUUACUUAAAAAGCAUGUAGAACCAAGAGCCGCGACUCCUAGUAACAUUCCUUCUGUGAAUACAGCAGCUUUACAAUUGUCAAUCUUGAAUGGUUUUUGGGAUGUUUUACCAAAGUCACUUCAAAAUGAUUCUGAGGUUUUGCUUCAAUUGCUAUAUAUCUUGGAAAGUCAAGUUAAUUUUCCUCAGGUUGAGUUUAUUGCUCCUUUACUUCAUACAGCAGUGCAGAGCAUCAACAAGUCUACCCUGGAUCUAAACUCAUUUUCACCUCGGGCAUUUGGAUAUCUUCUUGAGUAUGCAGCUUUUAAUGUCGUCCAAACUGAAGGAUCUCUUUCUAGCAAGCGUGACUUGAAGGAUUUAUUACGAGUAUUCUCCGGUAAAAAAUAUCCUGCCACAUUCAAGAAUGUUCAUAUCUUGCUUCGAUCUUUCUCUUAUUUGAGAGAUGAUGAGCGCUUGGUUGAGCUCGUACGUGAUAAUAUCGUCUCUGAAGCCGUCAUCGGGUUUUCCACCGAUAAUAAAGGUCGAAAAAUUUUGGCAGACAUUUCCCAAGUUUGCUAUUUCUUUGAUCACUUCCACUUCAUUGAUCAUGAAGUCAAUUCCAAUGUGUCAAAGAUGAUAUCGGGUACUGCAUCCGAACGGAUUGAUGCCAACUUGUUGUUUUUCCAAUUUGGAAAACUAAUUGAAAAUGACAAAUUUUUACACCCUGAAGCUUAUCCCUCUUUGAUUUCAGCCUUGAGUAAACACAAGCAAUUCGGAGCUGUUCAUCGCGUAUUCGAACAUGCAAAAUUGUUUUAUCGAAAGAUACGUGCUUCAUCUUCCGAGAAGGCCAAUUGGUUCAUGGCUUUAGUAUUGGACUCAAUGGUGUUAUCAUCCUCUUUUUCCCGUGACUUUAAGGGUUCAACUUUGUACUGUGACCAAAUGAAAUCCAUAGGUUAUAUUCCUCGAGCAUCUACUUUUGCACAUCUGAUCAACAACUCCACGAAACGUGGAGAUACCGAUGAUGCUACAACCGCUUUGAAGAUUUUUGAGGAAACUAAACGUCAUAACGUAAAGCCUUCUGUUUUUCUUUACAAUGCUGUUUUAUCCAAACUAGGUCGUGCUCGCCGUACCACCGAAUGCUGGAAGCUUUUCCAAGAAAUGAAAGAAUUUGGACUUCUUCCUACUAGCGUAACUUACGGAACAGUCAUAAAUGCUGCUUGUCGAAUAGGUGAUGAAGCUUUAGCCGAAAAGUUGUUCUGUGAAAUGGAAAACCAGUCCAACUAUCAACCUCGUGUAGCACCUUAUAAUACCAUGAUCCAGUUUGAAGUACAAACUAUGUAUAACAGAGAGAAGGCAUUAUACUAUUACAAUCGAUUGUGCUCAACUGAAAUACAGCCUUCCCCUCAUACAUACAAAUUGCUCAUGGAUGCAUAUGGUAUGCUUGAACCUGUUGAUGUAACAUCAGUUGAAGCUAUAUUAGAGCUUAUGGAGCAAACUGGUGUAAAGGUUCUUCCAAUGCACUAUGCAGCCUACAUCCAUAUACUUGGUAUUGUGAUGUCUGAUGUUCAAGCUGCUAACAAGUGCUAUCUUAUUGCGCUUGCAAAACACGAAGCUGGGGAGAUUCGUUUGGAUGCCAACCUUUUCCAGUCUCAAAUAGAAUCUUUAAUUGCGAAUGAUCGUAUCAUUGAAAGAGUUCAGAUCGUUUCCGACAUGAAAAAAUAUGGUGUUUCUUUGAAUGCUUACAUUGUAAAUGCUCUGAUUAAGGGUUUUACGAAAGUAGGCAUGAUUAGUAAAGCCAGAUACUAUUUUGAUCUUUUGGACUGUGAUGGCAUGUCGGGUAAAGAACCUAGUACCUAUGAGAAUAUGGUUCGUGCAUAUCUGAGCGUAAACAACGCAGAAGAAGCUGUUGAAAUUGUUGAGCAGCUAAAGCGUAAGCGUUAUCCAGCUCCUGUUGUAAAUAGAAUUUCCUCUCUUGUGAACAAUUAUAUGUUACAGAAACCUAAGCGAAGAACAAAUAGCUACAAGCCUUAUUUGCAAUCCGUCUCAAGUGAGAGAGAUUUGACGCCAUGCAGUCAGAUGGCAUAGACAUUUUUAAUUCUGAUAUCCGGGAUUGUUAUUUAUCAUUGGUUUUUUUCUUUCUUUUUGUUUUGUUGAUGUAUACUCUUUAUUGUUUAAGCACGCGAAAGCUCUGUUUAUCUAUUUAAUUAUUCACACUUAGACUCCCUUUUAGACUUUUAGACUUUAUAGAUUUUUAGAUAUGAAAAAAAAAAUAGGCAUAUCAACUUUCCCUUCUAUUU